AGCUGAUGAUAAGAAAACAGCUGCAUACACUGGAUACGUCGAGAGGAUAGUAACUUUUAAGGAACACAAUGGAAGAACAAACUGCUGACAUAGAGGUGACGGUGAAAACAUUAGACUCCCAGAGCAGAACCUACACUGUUGGUGCUCAGCUGACGGUGAAAGAGUUCAAGGAGCACAUUGCCCCUUCAGUGGGUAUACCAGUCGAUAAACAGAGGCUGAUCUACCAGGGCAGAGUGCUGCAGGACGAAAGGACUCUGACAGACUACAAUGUGGGUGGAAAAGUGAUCCACCUGGUGGAGCGAGCGCCCCCUCCACCCUCACAGCCCGGCUCAGGGUCAGGAGGCUCUUCAGCUGAGAGUGGGCCAUCUUCUUCCUCCCAGGGAACAUCGCAAGUGCCUCCACACGAUCGCAACGCUAACAGCUACGUAAUGCUUGGCACAUUCAACCUCCCUGUCAACAUCAUGGAUCCCCAGCAAAUACAGAUGUCAGUCCAGCAAAUGGUGUCCAGCAUGGGAGAGAAUGCCAGGAAUGCCAGAGUCACAACCAGCACUGGGAGCAAUGGGUCUGUGAAUGUGCACAUUGAUAUGGACCAGCCAGUGCAGAGUGAGCCAAGGCUGAGGCUGGUCUUAGCUGAGAACCUGCUGAGGGACAUCAAUGAUGUCAUCCAACGAAUGGAGGGUCGACCAACUGACUCGUCCUCUCAAACAGAGACAACCGAUGCUGCUGCUGCCGCCGCUCCCCCUCCUCCAUCAUCUUCCUCCACCACCUCUACUCCUUCUCCCUCUGCUCAGCCCAUGGACACCUCCCCACCUCCAACAACUCCCCCACCUCCACCCUCCUCUUCAGCUCAAUCUGAGGGACCAACACCGCAACCUGGACCCAAUCAUCCCAGCCCGGCUGAACUGGCAGAGAUGCUGUCUGAGCUGCGGAGGGUUGAGGAGAGACUGCAACCAUUCAUCCAGAGAGCUCACACCAUCCUCGAGACAGCCACCACGGCAGAAUAUAACAACAAUACAGAGAGAGAGGAGGACCAGCGAACACUCGCCCUGACGUGGGAGUGUCUGCGUCUCCUUGGUAACACACUAGUAGCUCUCAGCGACCUGCGAUUGAACCUAAUGAGUCCCGUCCCCCGUCACCUGCAUGUAGUCCGGCCAUUUUCUCAUUACACCAACCCGGUCUCCCUUCCUGGAGCUAUGCACCACCACAUCCCAGUGCAAAUGAACCUGGGUGCCACAGUGACUGUUGCGGCUAACAGCACUGAGGGACAAGCCACGCCCACUCAGCCGACCAGCCAGGCGGAACAGGCAGGUCAGGGACAGACCUCCCCCACACAGACUUCCCCGUCCAAUCAGCAGGCUGGACAGGGACAGGCUGGCCACCGGGUCAUCAGGAUCAGCCACCAGGCAGUCCCGGUGGUCAUGAUGCAGAUGAACACGGACGGCCCAGGUGCAAACACGGCAACAGCUGGACAGCAAAUGACUGGACAGCCAGGUUCCCUCCCUCCUGAUUUUAUGAGGAAUCUCAUGCAACAAAUCAGCCAAUAUGCUGCUGCCGUAGCGACCAGCGCCGCCACCGCAGCUUCCACCGGCCAACCAACCCCACCGCAGCCUACCCCUCCCAGCUCCACAGCCAGCUCCUCUGCCACGACCACAUGCCCUAAUACACCCAGCACCACUCCUACCGCUCCCCCGCCACCACCCAGUACUGGCCCCCAACCCCAGGCACGGGUUGUCUUCACCCGACCCCCGUUUGCACCCAACAUGCCCCCUCCUGCCUUUGGUACCCGGGGAACCACCAUAAAUGUGAGGACUGCCAUGCCAGGCCAGCAGCCGGGACAGGCUUUCAAUCCCGCUGCUCUCAACCAGAUGAUUAGUGGACUGGUUGGACAGCUGUUGCUCCCUGGACAAAUGGCUGGUCAAACGGUCACAUCCUCUUCUUCCUCUACAUCCACACCCACCUCUUCUUCCUUUUCCUCCUCUUCUCACACCUCUUCAUCUUCCUCUUCCUUUUCCUUCUCCACCUCGGGUCCAACACCACCUCCUGCUACAAACACUACUGCUGCCACCCCGAACCAAAACGAGACCAACAACAGUGAGCCCCAGCCUCAGCAGAUGCCUUCAGACCUUGGCCAGCUUCUAGGUUCUCUUCUGGGGGUAGCUGGCGGCACUGGAAGCGGUGCGGCGGGGAACCCUUCGAUAACUGUCACCACGUCUGGAGUCCCAGCCUUCAUCCAGGGAAUGGCUGAAUUCAUGCAGCAGGCCUCCCAGCCCAUCUUUUCACCACCCCCUCCUCCCCCUGGUACCACUCCAGCACCCGGGGCAAGGCCCAACCCAACACCUAAUCCUGGCGCAGCAGCAGCAGCUGAAGCCCUCGACCCGGAGCUGUUCACGGGCAUCGUUCGCGGUGUCCUCAGUACCAUGAUGGGUUCUCUGGGCCAAGGUCAGAACGACACGGAGAGCAUCGCCCAGUUCAUGCAGAGGCUGUCGCAGUCAACCAACAUUUUCAUCAGUCCCGAGGAACCAACGGGGUUCUUUGGGGAGCUGCUGAUGUUGGUGUGUCAGACUUUCACCAUGUCCGACCUGGUGAUGUUGCUUCAUGGUCAGCACCAGCCUCUCAGCCGCAUCCAGCCACAACUGGCCCAGUUCUUCAACCAGAACUACCUCAACGGCAGAGAGCCCACCGAUCAGAACAUUGCUGCUGCUGCUGACAGUCUUGUCAAUGAACUGGAGGAAUAUAUCACUGAAAGCUUUAGAGAGUCUUCAGUCAGCGUGUUGGAGGGCGUUGAUAUCACCCAGACCAACAUGACUUUCUUCAGACAGCAGCUGACUCGCAUCGCCACACACAUUCUGCGCUGCAAUGAUGAAACAUUUGGGCCCCAGCUGUUACAGAUGUGUAACCAGGCGUUGUUUGAGUGUCUUGCUCUCAACCUUCACUGCCUGAGAGGAGACCAGAGGGCUCUAACUGCUGUUAUCAACCACCGAAUUCGGAGGAUGUCAAGUGACAUCAGCCCCAGUCUGGUUAACUGGAUGACCAGCAUGAUGACGAUGAGACUGCAGGUGAUUCUGGAGCACAUCCCUAUCACACAGGAGCAGAUCCAGAGCUACAUAGUUCACACACAGAGAGAUCAGUCUUCUGCAGCUGGUGGCCAAGAGCCUGAACAGGCACAAAGUGCAACGAUCGGGGACAACCUGUCACCAGCUGCAGCCACCACAGCAGAGGAGGCCAUGUCGGUGUCGCAGGAGACGAGGGUGUCAUCACGGGACACGAGGGUGUUGCCUGGGGACCUGGGAGCCUCAGGAGGAGCCGUGCCAUUAGGUGGCGACAUGGCAGCGGCGGGAGCGGAGGGAGGGAGGGAGGAGUCUGCUGGAGAGUCGGAUGGCUGGGCUGCUGCUGUUCCUCCUGAAUGGGUUCCCAUCAUCAGGUGUGAUAUAAUGACUCAGAGGAAGAUGAAGGCUCAGCCUCCAUUGUCUGAUGCAUAUUUGCAUGGCAUGCCAGCAAAACGCAGAAAGACAGGACAGGGCAGUGCGGCCCUCCUCUCCCUCUCUGAUGCAGUGAGUCAAGCAGCCAGGACGGCCGGAGUGAAGCCCAUCACCUCUGCUGAACGGCUGCAGGAAGACCUGGAGACCCAGGAGGUGAAGGAAGCUUAUUCAGAACAGGUUAAAACAGACAUCAAGAAACGAGUGAGGGAAGACCCGGAUUUCAGCUCUCAGCAGUUCCCCAACGCACACAGAGCUUUCUCACCAGACUCAUAAUCACAAACACUGAAGCCGAUUCCUCCUCCACCUGCUUUCCUUUGGGACUUUGAUUUGACUACUAGUCAGCACAGCUUCACUCCCCGAACAGCCUGUCCACUUUUUCAACAGCUCUCUGACUAAUGGCCUAGCGCUGAUGUGGCUACUUCCCUAGUGCCUAUUUAUUGCUCUGUUUUAGUCCAACCUUUGCUGACAGAAUGUUCUUCACUGAAAAAGGUGUUUCACCAGAUUUAAGUUAGACUAAAUCUAGUCACUCUAGUCUUGUUUGCUUUCUUUUUCCCCCUCGUGUCGCUUUGUUCAUGCGGAACCUGAAUCCUCAUUAUUUAGCGGACUCUGGCCUUCCUGUCAGUACUCUUGAGCACAGGAGAAGACUUUCAUGUGAUGCUGUUUGGUACAUGAAUGUACAGUAUGCUUAAUAAAAAUCUUGAUAAUUACA